UAGAAAAAAAAUGCGAUCAAUAAUAAAUCCAUGUUUCUAUCGAUGACUAUCAAUGUUUAAACGGGCACGUGCGCACACGUUUCCCUCUUCUGUGAUAUAAAAAGCACCUGUUUAUUUCAACAUAACAUCCAUCCAACCUAUAUACAUAUACAUAAACAUACAGCUGAAUAUGAAGGAUUGGAACUAGCAUCCUUUAUCAUCACCAACAUCAUCAUCCCACUCACCUUGGAGGUCUCCUUCAGAUGAUACCGGCAGAGCGUAUGGUCUAAAUCGAAGCCGAUAACGUCGCAGUCAGACAAGCGGAAAUAUUCAGACAUUGUCGCUGAAGCUCGGGAAGGAGAGGGAAGGGAAGUGUCGCUAAAAACACCUUAUCGUGUCAACGGGGCGCUCGGGCGUUACUGGCAGACGGCGACGAUGACAAUGCGGUGGUUCAACUACUCUUCCCUGCUGUGGUCGUCAGCGCCGACCGAUGCCGUGUUAUUUCUCUUCCACCACCAUUGCAGUCAUUUGGACAUAGGUAAGGCGCCUGCGUCUUCUUCGUCUUCGGGCUGCAUGGUCGCUUGUGUCUAUUCCGCCGCAUUACCGCCACCCUAUGGAUUUGCUGGUGAACUGCAGCCAUUAUCCACAACUGCAAAAGCACCCAUUGUCGAGGUGGGCGAUACCUGACACUUUUAUUCGUAUUUGUAAACAAAUUUUUGUAAACAACUUUUCUGACUUAAAAUACAAUAUCCAAACAUUCAAAAAAAGCCCCGCUUUUAAUAUGUUCAUUCAAAUAUUAUUUGAUAUUGAUGUAUAUAUUUGUGUAAAUAUCAUUUGUGAAUAUGUUCAUUCAAAUAUGUUCAUUCAUAAUAUUUUGGUUUCAAUAAGAUACAUUUUUGGAUCGAUCCACCCAUCAGUAGCACCUAAACCAUCAGCAAUAAUAAUAAUAAUAAUAAUACAUUUUAUUUGUAUAGCGCUUUUCAGAGUACCCAAAGACACUUUACAGUAAAGAAAAAGAAAUAAAAAUAGAGUAGAGUAAAAACAGAGUAAAAGAUGCAUUAAAAUACAAUAUCAAAACAUUCAUUCAGAGCUAAAACAUGGCUAAAAGUGGGGCCCCGCUUUUAAUAUGUUCAUUCAAAUAUCAUUUGAUAUUGAUUUGUGAAUAUGUUCAUUCACAAUAUUUAGAUUUCAAUAAGAUCAACUUUUGGAUCAAUCCACCUAUCAGUAGCACCUAAACCAUCAGCAAAACGCAAAAAUUAAAUAUAAGUAUCAUUCACAUGGUCCUAAUGGCUUUAUAUUACACAUCAGAAUAUAACUCAAUCCAUCCCAUAGUUUGAUUCCACAUACUGAAAUGCUAUGGCUUUUUAACGUAGUCCUAACAUAGAAGUGUUUCAAAUGUACUUCUUCCCAGAGAUAUAUUAUUAGAUAUAUAUUAUAUAAUAUAAUAAUAUAUAAUAUAAACUCAUGAUUAGAGGUUCUACUGCAUGACAAUAUCUUUCACACAAUCAAUAGAGAGCACGUUCAUAUUAGAAACAUCCUCCAUUGCAUGGUCCGUGUGGUCUUCAUUCGGCGUGGAUAUGACUGUCAUCGCCGCUGAUGUCUGUUUUACCGUGAGCAGGUAGAGGCAACAACGGGUAUCCGCCGUACGGGUUGUCCACGACUCUCCAUGUGGACUCAGUGGCGCACGCCGUUGCAGUUAGCACUUGAGGCAAAGCCGCCAGUUGUUUCUUCCUGUUCUGCCUUUUGUUGCACAGCAGGUACAUAAUCUCGACAACGUUGAGGAGUACAGAAAUACCAGUAACUACGAGCAUGAAGAAAAUGAAAACAGUCUUCUCGGUGGGACGAGAAAUGAAACACCUGGAACCGAUGUCGUGAGCACAGGGUGGCCAUUUUUUGCAAUGGAAACUGGAGACAAUGACAAGAGGGCCGAAGACGUAGAAUUGACCAACGGUGAAGGCCACCUCCAGGAUGAUCUUGAACACCAGCUGGGUCACGUAUGUGUAAAACAGGAUGCCUUGAAUCUUCACCUUCCCUCGGUCAUCUGUGUAUUUAGCUUUGAUCGCUACAUUUCCAUUGGCUUUGCUCCGCUCCUGCUCCAUCCUUUUCUUCUCUCUGUGGAUGACGAGGACGGCAUGGCCAAGGUAGACCAAGGUGGGCGUCGACACAAUGGUGAUUUGCAGAACCCAGUAAUGCACGUAGGACAUAGGGAACAUGGAGUUAUAGCAGGAGUUCUGACAUCCUGGCUCUUUGGAGUCACAGUAAAACUGAGAUACUUCAUCUGCCCAAACGUUGUCUGCAGCUGCUCCCAGUACGAAGAUCCUGAACAGGAAGAGGACGCUCAUCCAGAUCUUCCCCACCACAGUGGAAUGAGCCUGGACCUUGUUCAGCAGUUUGGACAGACCCGUGACAGCCGGCUGCCAUCAUGGGGGAGUGGUCCCUCCUAUCAGAGAUGUUGGACAAGGUCCAGUUACAUUCCACCCUUCUAGGCAAGGUGUGGAUGAGUGUUCUGUUCAUCUUCAGAAUCUUCAUCCUGGCAGCUGGCGUGGACCAGAUAUGGGGGGAUGAACAAGCAAACAUGGACUGCAACACCAACAGCCCAGGCUGCAGGAACGACGCCUAUGACGCCUCCUUCCCCAUCUCUCACACACGCUUCUGGGUUCUCCAGAUUCUCAUUGUCUCAACACCCACUCUGAUCUACUUGGGGCACGUCCUGCUGGUCAUUCGCAAGGAGAACAAGCUCAGGAGACGUUUGGAGCAAAAGUGCGAGCUAAAUGGAGUGAUGAAAUCGCCCAAAUACUCUGAUGAACGUGGAAAGGUGCACCUGAAAGGUGUCCUGCUGGUCAGCUACAUGCUGCAGAUCUUCUUCAAGAUCCUGCUGGAGGUGGCCUUCAUUGUGGGCCAGUACUGGAUCUACAACUUCAUACUCAUGCCGGAUAAAAUCACCUUCCAAGGUGGUAGCUGUCAAACACACACUAACUGUUUCAUCAGUCGUCCCACGGAAAAAAGCGUAUUUAUUGUCUUUAUGUUGGCGAUGGCCGUCCUCUCUGUCAUCCUCAACAUCGCUGAGAUCUUCCAGCUGAUGAUAUCCAAGAUACGAGAGAAGAGGAGAAGGAGGUCUGCUCUAAUUCUUACCAAGUAGAUUAUAAAUAUGUAUGAUGAAAACAAUCAUAAAAAAGUUUGGAAGGUUGGAAAUGGAAUGGAGUGAGAUACCGCAAAUUUGUGUAUAUUUGGUCCAAAUAUAAUUUUGCUAUUUUUCAGUUUCUUACUUAAUGCCACUCUGCUGCUAGAUCACCUACAUGAUCAAUCACCAAUCACAGGGCACAUAUAGACAAACAACCAUUCACACCCACAUUCAUAACUAUGGACAAUUUGGGUUUCAAAUAUACAAACAUGUGCCAAUAUGAGUUCAAACCCACAAACGCACGGGAGAACAUGCAAACUCCACGCAGAGAUGAGUGGAGAAUCAUACCCAGGUCUUCCCAAUCUCCUGACUGUGUUGCCUACAUGCUAACCACUGCGGUCCUUUGCUUUUAUUAUAUAAAAUAUUUAAAAAUAUUAAAAAAAAAACAUGUUUUUCAUGCAACAUGCGCAUGCGGCUCUUUAGCAUCGCCCAGUGGAGUUUUUUGAAAUAUGUUUGAAAAUAGAAAAAGAUGGGGGAGAGAAUUUUUUUUUAAUAUGGUUUCUGAACAAACAUGACACAAAUAUUCUUAACGUUUUCCAAUGCUGUAAAAAUGUGUAGAGUAAAUAUUAAAUUUUAACAUUUCUGUCAAGGAAGAUUUACGUCAUAGCCUGCGACACACGUUUCUAUCAGCAGGGCGGGAUGCCAGGCAGGUGGCUGUUGUAAACAAACCGGCGGCUGUGUGAUGGGCCAUGGAUCCCAAAGGGAAAAAGAGAAAAAUAACUGAGGAGAACAGAAGAUUAAACGUUUCUUGGACUGAAUCAUUGCAUUCAUCUUACAUGCCCGAUGUUGAGAAGCUGACCAGUCAUGUCCGAAAACAGAAGUCACAUGAAACGGAUCCUGAGCAUGCUCAUCUGCCCUCUGAACCAAGUCUACAUCAGCCAAUGAGAGUUGCUCCAUCUUCUCUAUCAGCUUUUGCCCAGCGCCGUCAAUUGCAGCAUGUCGUGGGCUUCUGUUGACUCUUCAAUGGUGAUGGGUCCUUGUGCAGACAAGUCGAGUUUCCUCAUGUCGCUCACAAUACUCAAGGCUUCAUCUGUGUUUCUUCUGACCACCUCCGGAUCCACUUCCUGCAGCCCCGGUUGAGAUGUUCAACACUCCAACCCUCAAAUGGUCCAGUGUUUUGUUGGACAGCCGCAGGUCUCCGAUGACAUGCCAGAUGCAUUCAUCACAACCUGAAGACAUUUACACCACUUCAGGUCGCGAGGGUGCUGGAGCCUAUCCCAGCUGUCUUGGGAUGAGAGGUGGGGUCCACACUGGACUGGUGGCCAGCCAAUCACAGGGAGUGCUCUUCCAAGUCAACACCCUUGCUGGGCUUUGGCGGCCAUGCCCUCUCGCUGCCCCGUCUGAUGAAAUGUGACGCCUCCGCAACCGACAGCUUCCUCUUGUGUAGAAACAAACCUGAAGACCCCAUCUUUCCUCAAUUUGUACUGUUCUUUAACUGGAAAUCCACAGUUCUAGACUCUCACGGAUGAAACCAUACCAUCUUGAUGAUUAAAUCUCACAACCGAAUGGAGAGAACUGACCCCCGUCAUCCUUUAAAGCUGGGGUUAGACUCUGAGCUGAUUCAGGCUAACUUCCGCUCCGAGUCUUCAAAAGGGAAAUAUUUGGGGUCACGAGAAGGUCAUCUUAACACAGCACAUCUGUGGGAGUGAGUCGGAGUAAAUAAAUCCUCAUGGGACACUCUGUGAGGAAGAAAUGUUUUCUUAUGUCCAUCUUUGGAAACAAACUACCUCCGCAAAUCUAAUGGAGCAACACAUGAGCCAUCCUUGGAUGACCUUUCCACGCUGAAGAAUGUAUGUUGCCAAAAAUGGCGUCUUUCUAGCGGUGCUGAGCACUCUAUCAACUACAGCUUCAUGUAAAUCACAAGAUGAACUCUCAACUCUGAAAACCCCGAAGCAACUUCCUGUCUGUCUGUCACGCAGAUGUCCCUAGGUGUCCCAAAUGUGGCCCGCAGGACACUAGUUUGAGGCCCCCGCCUUGAUAUGAAAGUUUAAUGUUAGUGCGGCCCGCGCAAGUUUGAUAUGGAUGCUGUAUGGUAUCAUGUACCCAGAAAAAAUUAUUAUGUUUGAUUAAUGUUCAUGUUAAAGGUUAAAUAACUGUUAAUAGUUAUCCUCCCUAUCUGUGUGGAAGUGGUAAGUUUUUGGCUAUUUAA